AUGAAGUUUCUCUUUGUUGUCGGUUUUAUUGCCUUCGCCAUUCAAUUGGCCUAUUCUGAAACCGAUGAAACAAGUACAACGGCUACUACAACAACCACAACAACCACUGCGGCAACCACUAAGGCAACAACCACCGCCUCUCCCUCCCACAAUAAGCGUUGUUGGAAGGGCAACAACUUUUGCCGCACCCACAUGUCGAAGAAGAGAUGCAAGAACCCAAAGAGGUGCCACAAGACCGUUGUGAUCGUGACCCAUAGAAAACAUUAA